AUGGUAAUAUCGGCAGAGCAUGAGCGCAACGGCAUAGCCGAUUUUUUCACGCAAGUUGAUCCAGAAGUGCGCAAAGUUACGUUAGCGAUCGGAAAUAUCAUCUCGAAGAAUUCAAUCAAAGAGAUCACGUUGGAAAAAUCUUUAAACGUUAUGAUGGAACAUUGUCGUGAUGCUGGGACGUUGCUGGCAAAAAAUAUAGUGAAACCCGAGUACCUCUUCAAAUAUCUCCAAAGCUAUAACAUAAAUCUACCGCCAGAAAGCCCUAAAGUGAUGCUCAUUGAACACUGCUUGCAACUCUGGAGACGAAAGUAUGGAAACUCUACCGAUGUCUCGUACGUGCCAUCCUCGUCAGAGUUACCGGGACCAUCGUCGGCAUCGUAUGCAUUUCCUUCCACGUCGGCUGACUCUAGCUCUUCUAGUGGCACUCUUCAAAACCAUAUCGAUAACUAUAAUGCUCUCGCCGCAUCUACACAGGGCGUAUUUUUCAGCGAAAAUACCAAUGGACCCGGUAUUGAUGAUACGGAACCGCCAGGCCUCGAACAGUAUCCGGUAAAUCUACUGGCACUGGACUACACGGUUUGGUUUUUUCUCAAGUGGAACCGCAACUCGUUAGAUGAAAGUGCUUUUUGGAUCGACGCCAAUUGCACCGUGAUGCUGGAAAUAAGCGAAACCCAGCAGGGCACUGAGCAAGUGUGUGGGCCACAGGACAUCAUCAACCUGAUUUUGAGCUUAAAGUUCCAGUACAACUUUCAACUUGUGCCUAAUAUUAUGUUCGACGGAUGUCAGGGACGCAUCAUGGACUCUGGUGUGCUUGCGCUCUCCUGUGGAGUCGUUUAUAAUAAUCAACCAGGACCGGAAAACCGGUUCGUGUGCCUGGGAGAGUUUGAAACUCUGAUCGGUCUUCGGCGGGAUCCGAUGGAGAACAAUAACUGGAAGAUACGUAUGUUGAAGCUCUACAUUAGGUACAAAAAGGUAGACAAUCUACCCGCGCUGGCGAACAGCAAAAUGCUCAACAACUGUCUUAUGAUUCCGUUGACGAUGGAUAUCGUUUAGAACGUUACCAACAUUCUCAAGCUCAGCUCCUCGAGAUUUUGUAUGUCAUUCUGAACCACUUUGUGCCAAUCGAGAUUAUCGUCAAUGAUGUUAUACAUGUGCAAUU